AAGAAGCAGUAGCAGAUCUUACCUGAAGAGCAACCAGGAGAGGUGCUGAAGGAGGAGAGAAAGAGGGAGCAGGAGGCUGGAAAUUUGGCAGGAAAGGUGCGGGGGGGGGGACCAUGAACAGAGAGUGAAGGAGAUCGCAGGAAAGGGAAAGAGAGGAAAUCAGUGAGAGGCAGAGAGAAGGAAGUAAAACCGGGAGGAGUGAAGCCACAAAAAGAGAGGGAGGAAUAGAAAAAAAGAGGGAGGGCAGGGUAGAGAAUGAGAAGGAAGUGACAGGAACAAGCCUGCUGUGGAGGAGGAGGAGGAGGAGGAGAAGAGAAGAGAAAGCAACCGAUGGCAACAAGUGCAGCUGGCGUAUGCUGAGAGGAAAAACUAGGGAGGUUUGAUCAAUUUUUGUGGGGACUGUUCACCCUUUCUCCCAAGAUGAUGAAGAGACAGUUCAACUGGAUGAGGCAGCAGCUCAGCCAUCCCAACACCAGUGGACGAGCCCUGGAAACAGCUGAAUACUUGACUGAAGACUUGUUACAGAUUGAACAGAGAAUUGAACCUGCAAAGCGUGCAGCACAUAAUGUCCACAAGAGGCUUGUGGCUUGCCUCCAGGGCCCUUAUGGGGCUGAUGUGGAGAAACGCGUGAAAAAGUUGUCUUUGAUGUCAUUGUCAGUUACCAUGGCCGAGAGCUUCAAAGAACUAGACACUGAUUCCAGCCUUGGGAGAGCUUUAGAAAUGAGCUGCUUCAUUGAAGGAAUGCUAGCCAAGAUCUUAGCAGAGUUUGAAAUGACACUUGAGCGAGAAGUCCUACAGCCCCUGAACAAACUGAGUGAGGAGGAGCUACCUAUCAUCCUGAAACACAAAAAGAACCUUCAGAAACAUAUUCUGGAUUGGAACACCAUCAAGAGCCGUCUGAACCAAGUGGCUAAGAACUCCAGUAACAGCGUCAGUGCCGGCACUGGCCCAGCGGCAUCCUCAGCUGCGAUCAAACUGGAGAAUCUGAAGGAGGAGGAGGAAGACAUGAGAAGGCGGGUUGAACAGAGUAAGGAUGAGUACAUGGCAGACCUCUACCACUUUUCCACCAAGGAGGACAGCUACGCUAAGUAUUUUAUCAAAUUGCUGGAAAUUCAAGCGGAGUAUCACAGGAAGUCCUUGGGAUCUCUGGAUACUACUUUGGCAGAGCUGAAAGAGACUCAGAGUCAGCCAGACUCUCCAUUCCUGUCAGAUACAGCUAUCUUAGGGGUAUAUGGGAUGCCACUAGAAACUCAUCUGAACAACUCUGGGCGGGAGAUUGCACUUCCCAUUGAAGCUUGUGUCAUGAUGUUGUUGACAUCAGGGAUGCUGGAAGAGGGGCUCUUCCGGUUGGCAGCUGGGGCUUCUGUACUGAAGAAGCUGAAAUACUAUCUUUCCAGUGGCUCAAGUGCUCUAGAUGAAUUCUAUGCAGACCCCCAUGCAGUGGCAGGUGCCCUGAAAUGUUACCUGCGAGAGCUGCCUCAGCCCUUGAUGACUUCUGAACUCUAUGAUGACUGGCUCAAAGCUGCCACCAUCAAAGAGCCCGAAAGUCGACUGGGAUUCCUCAAGGAAUGUUGCAACCGUCUCCCCAAUGCCAACUACAACAACUUGAGAUAUCUGAUCCGGUUUUUAGCCAAGCUGGCUGAACAUCAGGAAGUGAACAAAAUGACCCCAAGCAACAUUGCCAUUGUCUUAGGGCCCAACUUGUUAUGGCCCCAACAGAUUGAAGGGAGCAACGUGCAGCUAGACAUGGCCUCUGUAUCCUCCAUUCAAGUUGUGGGUGUUGUGGAACCCCUCAUACAAAAUGCUGAGUCCCUCUUCCCAGGAGAUAUUGACUUCAACAUCUCUGGCUUGUUCACUCCUCCACCGGAAAUUAAAGACAGUGAAGUUCCUUCAGCGGAAGAGCCCACAUCCUGCCUUCUCUCAGCUGAGCCAGUUUUCUCCUUGCCUGAGGAAAGGAAAAAUCCUGAGGUGGUCGCAGGAACAGUUCUCCCCAAAGUGACCCAAACCUCUGCUGAAGCAGCGGUUUCCUUGCCAACCCCUGUUCCUGCUGAUGACGCCUCACGUAAAUCAAAGCGAGCUGCCCCCCCUCGACCCACUGUGCCUCCACCCCUAGUCCAGCCUCGAACCCCAGCUCCUGUUCAGCAUCAGAGCCAACCUCCUGCCUCAGAGCCUCCUGCCAUUCCUAAAGCCCUGCCUCGAAAAGCCGCAGGAAACUUAAUGCGAGCUCCAUCUACUCCACCCCCACUUCCACCACAGCCAGCCAGGCGUCAGAGUCGCAAUGCUCCACCAUCCCCAAAGCCUCGGUCAGAACCUGUGAGCAAUGAGGUGGCAGCAACAGCAGCUGAAGAGCCUCCGGCUGAUGACUGCAGAAUAGAAACAUCCAAUGAUUCCAUUCCUCUGGCAACAGGACAUAAUGAGCCAACAGCCAUGGGAGAAAAUGGCUCGCCAUCAGAAUCUGAUCUGAAGGUCCAAACACUGGAGAAUGACUGACAUAGAAGCAGCUACACAGGCAUCAUUUUUGCCAGCUGGUUUCUCAGGACGGAGAAAGAGUAGGAUUUGGUGGAACACUGUACAUCAGUCAAGGCUAGCAGUUCCUAGUGGGAAAAACAUGUGCCAUUUUAACUUCUCACACUGUUCUGCAUUGGAAGCCACUUCUCGAGUCUGCAACAUCAAAAGCAAUCUCUUCUUCCAUGUGCCUCCCUUUUUCCUGCUUCGCCAUGUCUCCUGUCCCUGAGUGAAGCUUCUCCUUCUUUUCAUCAUUCCAUCCUUCUCUCCUUUUUGGUAUUUCCUUCCUGAUUACCACCCAGCUACAAAGCCAGCUGUAUACAUUCCAUAGAAUGAGUUGGUAGAAUUCUGAAAUACCUUUUUUGAACGUCUGCCCACCUGCAUUAAAAACUCCUUGCAUCUAGUAAACUAGCACAUCAGAUUUACAGUAGCCAUGUUUCUGAUGUGGUAUUAUUGAAUGCUCCAUGCAUGUAGAAAACUACCCUCUCCUUCCACACAGGCAGCCUGUGGUCCAGGCCAAAAUUAGACUGCUUUAGUCUACAGCUUCAUUUAGUCUACUACCAAUGAGGAUAGAAUCUGAAGGGGAAGAAAAGUGUAGGGCCGCUAGCAUCUUUCCUCUGACCGUUUUGUUCACCAAGUUGUUUACCUGUUAAGGAAAAAUCUGUCAUUUUUACUUACCCCCACCCCUAAGAAAGAUAAAAGCAGUUUUGUUGGUGACUUUUGGUGGGGACAUGGUCCAAAGGAAAACUUGGUUAAGAGACUUCUCUUACCACACUGAUUUUCCUCUUUGAACUGCAGCCUCAGCAGUUACAUUAAUAUUAUUUACUGGCUUGCUUACCUUCUCUCCUCCCCCCCCCUCCUCUUAAGUGCUAGUGCCUCUGUUUUUAUCAGAUGUUUUUGUCAUUAAGAUGCUGGGUAUGUGUAUGACCUUCAAGAUCUGAGAUAAGAGAAAGGAAGAACAUCUUAUCUAUUCUAUUUCUAGUUGCCCAUAAUAGGAUAUUAAUUCAAAUGAUCUCAGGGAUUCCUUCAGCUUUUAAAGGAUAAGGUAUUUUGCUUUUAAAUGAUAUAAAACUGUUAAAAGACAGCACUCCCUUUGCCAAACACCUCUGAAAAUUCAUAUUGUGCAAUAUCUUUCAAGAUACUUAAAAAAAGAACAGAAGGAAGAUUCUAGUAAAAAUCAAAGUGUUGACCAGCAGGAUUGCCAGAGGCAAACCCUGUAAAUAGACAUAUGGAAGAGAAAACUCUGCCAGGUGUGACCUUUUCCAACAUAAAUACUGCAGUGACAGCAGAGAGUACCAUUGGUAGUAUUCCCCCUCUUAUCAGCUCUUAAAGGCACAGGAGCUUUCUAGGGCUCUGUACCUCACAACCUUAGAUACACUGUAUGGAUUUUUACUGUGAACAUAAGCACAGGGCUUGUUCACACGUAUAUGUACAUUUGUACAUCAUUUCUUGAUUACUGGCAGUUGAGUGUAGGAACUGAACAGCUUGUGUUUGGGAUUAUGAUAAAAUACUGUUUGGACCUCACAAACACUAUAUUCACACAUGCUAGUAAAGGUGUACAUGUAAGGCAGCCCUAUGUUAGAUGAAAGAUAGUGGGUAUUUCCUGUGAAUAGCAACAAAAAUAAUUUGUCCAUUAAGGAUCACUUCUGCAAUCUGCUUGACAAACUUCAAACUAUUUAGUUAUUCUCAAAAAAAAAACCCUGGGUCAUAGUUUUGUAAGUGCUGAGCAUACUUUGUGAGAUAUUCCCAGCACAUUCAAAGAACUAUGCAUCCUAGGAUUUGGGAGAAGGGAAAAUGCACGGCAAUUAUUUACUUACAUUUGCAAUGCAUAUGCCUUAAGAAUCUCUUUACAUUAGUUUUCAUAGUCUUUGACAGAAGGUGGGAAUGACUUAUUUUUAUACGUAAUUGAUAAAUUAUUUUUUAAAUGUGGGGUCAUAUUUAUGGCUAAUGUGAGAAGGUUUCUUCAUUUUUAAAGAAUAUUUCUCUUGCUUGUAGCAAGGAUAAAUUCAGCUCUUGGAUUGUUCUGGAGAGAACUGUGUAAAUGACAGAGCCUUGUGACAAUGACAAAUACAUUGUGGCAUAAGCUUUCAUCAACCACAUCAUUAGAUUCAGUUUAUUAGAUGCUGCUUUUUAGCCUUGUGAUUUUGCAGCAUCCCCCUUCUCUUUUAGUUAAACACAAUUGUUCAGUGUGUCUAACUUCUGUAUCAUCAAAUGGUGGUAGUUACAGUCCCAUGGUAGUGUUACUUCUGCAUAGAAAUGGAAGGAGUGCUUGUCCUGUAUAGUUGUGAUGAUUGCCAUUUAUUUCAUUGAAACAAUUGGUAUAUAAUCUUAUUACAG